AUGGAGAGAAUAACAACAAAAUCCAAGCGGAAAGCGCCGCUUUCCAAUAUCCAACGGCGCAUACGAGCAAGAAGGGACGAGCCCGAAGAAAUACCUAGCAAUGAGUCCCCAAUUGAAGGAAGUAGUGAAGACGAGGGUUCCGAAGGAUCAAUCUCCCAAAUAUCCUUCGGCGCCCUCGCCAAAGCCCAAGCCUCGCUCCCCAACAGCCGGCGGGGCAAAGGGCUUGGACCCCAAGCCUCCGACGAAGAGUCCGAAAACAGCGACCAGCCCGACUCCAGAGCGCACGAAAAACCGCGGCAUAAACUGCAGCGGACCAGCAAACACGCGCCGGCGGAGCAAUCAAGCAAGCGGCCCGUAAGCCGGAAGCGGGAAGUAAUAGCCGUGCACAAGCCCAUAGCGCGGGACCCGCGCUUCUCCUCCGCGGUAUCGGGGCGUCCUCUCGACGAAGAGAAAUCGCGACGCGCGUACGACUUCCUGGACAAGUACCAAGACGACGAGAUGGCGGCGCUACGUCUCGCGAUCCGAAAGACACGAGACGAGUCGUCGAAGGAGGAGUUACGACGAGCGUUGAAAUCGAUGCAGGGACGACGGCAAGCGCAAGAGUCUCGGGAUAAUGAGAGGAAGAUGAUGGAGGAGCACCGGAAGCAGGAGAAGGAGCUGGUGAAGCAGGGGAAGAAGCCGUUUUACCUGAAGAAGAGCGAGCAGAAGAAGCGGUUGCUGGUGGAUCGGUUCGCGGGGCUGAAGAAGAAGCAGGUGGAUCGUGUGAUUGAGCGCAGGAGGAAGAAGUUGGCGGCGAGGGAGAGGAGGGAUGCGCCGAUGCCGAUGCCGAGACGGGAGACGAGUUGA